GCUGCGGGUGGGGCGGAUCCAGCAGUGCUCCCAGGGCCUCGGGAGCCAUGCUGGGGCUGCCCAUGCGGGCACGCGGGCAAGUGGGCUUGCCGCGUGCGCUGCCAGCGCUGUGGCAAGCCAGCGCCACAGCGGAUCGCCGAUGCCGCCCGGGCGGCAGCCAAGAAGCGCCCGCCGCGCGAGGCAGUGCCCGCGCCGGACACGCCUGGGGAACACCGCCAGCGGAGCGCUGGUGGUGGGCAGGCGCCUGGCCCGGUCUCCUACGCGGCCUUGGUGCAGCGCCUGCUGCCUUCGCCCUCGGUGCCAGCGGCGCCGCCUGGCGAUGUGGCGAUGCCCUCUCCUGUGGCGGCUGGCGCCUCGCCGGACGCCCCUGCCACCGAGCUGAGCCAGGCGCAGCGGGAGUUCCGCUACUGGCGCGAGCGCCGCACGGCUGCGCAGCGCUAUGCGGCGGAGGCGGACGUGGCGGAGUGCGACCGGCAGAUCCGCGCGUCGUUGGAGCUGGCUGCCCAAGCAUCCCGGCCUUGGGCGGUCCGUGUCCAGGCCGCCGCGGACUUGCAGAAGGCGGCGGCGGCCAAGCUCCAGGCGACCACCGACGACCUGGCCGAGGCGCGCCGGGCUGUCGUGCACUUCGAAGCCGAGGCGGCGAAAGCGCAGGAGGCGCUGCGCCUGGCCGACGCGGCGCUGCUGGCGGUGCAGGCGGAGGCUACUCCUGCCCGAGCACCGCCGCCGGCGCAGCUCACCGAGGCGGGGGUCGACGCGGCCUUCGCCACCCUCGCUGCGGCCACGUCGGUGCUGCAGCAACGCGGAGGUGGCUCCGGAGGCGGCGGCGGCGGCGAGGCCGCGGCGCUCGUCGAGCAGCUGCGCGCGCUGGUCGCCGCUGCGGUGCGUGGGGCCGCUGCGGAGGUCCCUGCCGCAGGUGCGGCGGCGGCCGCGGCAGGGCCGCACCCGCUGGGGCUCCUGCAGCCCCCGGUGCCCCGCCGCCUGCAGGGGCCGUCGAUGCUGCCGCGCCUCGGAGCCUGGACGCUGCGGCUGGGGCUGCCGCAGCUCCCGGCGGCAGGUCACGCUCAGGCAGUGCUUGGGCCGCCCGCGAGCCUCCUCCACGCCGCCGCGCUGCCCGGGCAGGCGGGAGCGAUCGCGGAGCCUCGAGCGGGGUGCGACCGGCGCCUGAGCGCGGCCAACCCAGCGCCGGCGCCUUGCCCGGCGGCCCCAGGGAGGCGGUUGCCAGAGCCGUGCCUUGGCAACCUCACACGGGCGCGCGGCCCGGCGGCACCAGGAGAGCGGUUGCUGGAGCCGUGGUUUGGCAACCCAGCGCCGGCUCUCUGCCCAGCGGCCCCAGGGGAGCGGUUGCCGGAGCAGUGGCGCGGUAACCCAGCGUCGGCGCCUUGCCCGGCGGCCCCAGGAGGGCGGUUGCCGGAGGCCUCGCCCGGCAACCUCGCGCGAGGCGUCCGCGUGGACGAGGCGUCCCACCCAGGGCCUGGGCGAGGAGGUGCGACGAGGAGUACGCGCACCGUCGUGGCUAAUGUCACGAGCUGGCGGGGCAGCUGGCGCGGGCUCCUGGCGGCCGACGCCGACGUGUACUGCGUGCAGGAGGCCCGAGUGCCUGUUGACGAGGGUUGCGUUGCCGCCGUGGUCGACGGAGCCCGACUCCGCGGCCUCCGCCUGCAGCUCGGGGCCUCCAGCGAUGGCACGCACCUGCUGGCCUUCGCGCAUCGGGAGGGCCUGCACGGCCUCCGCGCGGUGGACAUGAUCGGCUUCACCUCGGAGCAGGACAACGAGGCGCUGCUCGUGGCAGCGGUUUCGUGGCUGCGGUCGCUGGGCGACGUGCAGGCGCUGCUGGUGGGGGAUUUCAACCUCGUGCUGCAUGGGACCAGCGUGGAGCCCCUCUUGGCCAUGGCCGGCUGGCAGGACGUAUUGGCCCACCUGCUUGCCGAGCUCAGGCUCGGCAGAGUGUCACCGACGAAGUGUUGCAAGAGCAAGGGGCACCGUUUCGUGCUGGCCUUCGCGACGGUCGCCUUGACGCUGCCUGGGGCGCGCUGGAGGCUGCCAUGCCUGGAGCCGCUCGUGCGGCAGUACGCUGGCACGAAGUGGCACGCGAGUCGGCCGCGCGCUUCAGGCGCCGGCGGCGAGGCCAGCGACAAAGUUGCCGACGCCGCGCUACUCCGGGCACGGCGGCUACGCUCCAUGCGCGAGAUCGCGAGCCGCUGGGGCCUCGGCUGCCACCGGGCGCGGGCCGUCGCUGCAGCGCUGGUCAGGGACGAGCCUUUUGGGGGCGCCUGGACGGCCGACCUGCAGCGGCUCACAGCGGCACCGGGCCUGCUCGAGAGCUGCGUCUUGCGGGCCGAGCUCGAGCGUCAGGAGGCGCAGCGGGCAGCCCGCGACCGUCGCCGCGGCUCCUGGCACGAGUGGGCGCGCCAGGCGAUGGCUAACGGCGGAGGCCGGCUGUGCAAAUGGAUCCGCUCGGAUGGCGCCCUGGCGGCCCCCUUUGUGCCAGACCCUCCUGCUGGCGCCGCUGCAGGACGCCGUGGACAGGCGAUCAUCCGGGCGAUGGCGAAGAACAAGGCGCCCGGCCUGGGCGGAUGGGCAGUCGCGGAGCUUCGCCUCCUGCCCCGCGAGCUGCUCGAAUGGGUCGCGGAGCUUUUCGAAUUCGUCGAGCAGACGGGCCGUUGGCCGAUCUGGCUGCUCCCCAUGUUGCACCACGUCUGGGCCGCGGGCAGGGCGCAGCUGUUCGCGCGAUGGCGCGCGGCGUGGGGCGACGCUGACGGCAGCAUCGGUUCCGAGGAGCUCGCGUGUAACCUCGCCCUCGAGCUCGAGGUCCCCGACCCGUCCUGGUCCGUCCGAUAUUGGCCCUGCCCCGGCUUCGUCUUCAGGGGCCUUCUCGGCCUUCCGCGCCUGCCGGAGCCUUGGGAACGGCUGGCUGUGGCCGCUGCGGGUUGGGGUGGUCUGGUAG